AUUUAUCAAAGAAUUGUUAGAGGGUUUUAGUUCUUCGUGAAAACUAAAAUUCAUCGGGAAACGCUGACAAGUCGACUUUUAAGUUUUAAUGAUUUCCAGCAUUAGAACCCCAAACACAACCUGGUCGAUGUCUUUUUUUUGUUUAUGCAAAAUUGCAAAGUUUAUUGUUGAGAGUUGACACGAAGCUACAGUAUAAAGAUGGCGUGGCUACCAGGGAUUGUUUUGUUUAUUUUGACGAUUUUAUUCUCAAAAACAACAUGCAAACCAGUGAACAAAAGCAGUAUAACAAUAAAGAACAAGAAAUUGAUACCAAAAGACCAUAUUCCCGCUGUUAAACUAGAAAGAGAUGGGCAUAUAAACCCGGACUUUCAUCACGAAGCAUUUCUAGGGCGACUCGUGGAAAAUGGCCAACUCAACCUUAAGGACGUGGACGGUUCGAAAAAGCUUAUUGAGAUUUUUCACAAAGUAGACUUGAAUAAUAAUCAUAAGGUAGACAAACAAGAGCUCGCUGAGUGGAUACAUCUGCGAAUCCAGGAGCAUUAUGAGCAUGCUUUGAAAGUAAACAAAGAUAAUUUCAAAACUGCGGAUAAAAAUAAUGACGGGAUCCUGAGUCUGCAGGAGUACAUGCAAGGCGUGGUUGAUGAUGAUAAGAUGGAGAAUGAUGCUUUGAAAAUUGAAGAGCAAACAGAGGAAGAAUUAAAAGGUCUGAUGGAGGAGAUUAUGCCUGAUGACUUGAAUAGAUGGAACAAAGCAGACAAGAAUAGAGACUCAAAACUAAGCCAGGAAGAAUUUCUAUCAUUCCAACAUCCAGAACAUAAUGAACAGUCGAUAGAAGCAAUGGCGGAGGAUCUCAUGGGACAGAUGGAUGAUGAUAGAGAUUUGAAGUUAACAAUGGAUGAGUUUGUCCGUGUUCCACCAGGUGAGGUGGAUGACCCAGAUGAAAAAGCAGAAGAUGAGAGAUAUUUCAAAGAGAGACGAACUGAAUUUUCUGACCAAAUGGACGUAGACAAAGAUGGGAAAGUUUCAAUGGAAGAACUGAUCAAGUACCUUGACCCAAGACACAAGCAACAUGCAGUCAAAGAGUCUGACUAUCUUUUAUCUGUAGCCGAUUCCGAUCAUGAUGGAGAAUUGAGCGAAAAAGAAAUGAUCACAAACUACAAAUUAUUCACAGGCAGCAGCAUGGCUAGCAAUCCCAGCAUUCUGCACGAGGAAUUCUAGUCAAGUCAUUGGUAAAUCAGUCUGAUAUUUAUUGGUUUUGUAUAGUGAAUGGAAUGUUAAUAUAAUAUUGUUGAAUUCUAAAUUGUGUUAAUGCUCAGAAGGCAAUUUUUGUUGUAGUUUUUUUACAAAUAUAUACU